CCCGCGGACCUGGGCGGUUGCCGUGGCAGCGGCGCCUGGCGUGGCCGGAGCUCACAAUCGGCGUCGCCUCGACAGCUGCGCACCCCGCCCCUUGCCCGCCUGGCCGCGCCAUCGCGCUCCGCGGACCCGGGUCCCACGGACACACACAUCCCUUCCCCUGCUGCCUCGCGCGCCGGCUUGCCUGCUCUGCCCCGGGCGCUCAACGGGAGAGAAGGCAGGGGGGCCGGGACUGCACCGGGCGCCCCCGCCGGCCGACGGGCAUCGGCGCGCGGCCCUCCGCGGCCCGGGAUCUCCCCACGACUGAGAGGUGUUUUGUUUUACUGCAUUUUGCCUACUAAGCGGCACUAUCGCUGUGCUCUGAUUGCCCUCGAACAUGGUGCAGAUGUCAAUAAUUCUACCUAUGAAGGAAAACCAAUAUUUCUUAAAGCUUGUGAAGAAGCACAUGAUAUUAAAGAUGUGUGCCUGACAUUUUUGGAAAAAGGAGCCAAUCCAAAUGCUAUCAACACAUCCACAGGUCGCACUGCUCUAAUGGAAGCAUCGAGAGAAGGGGUGUUGGAACUAGUUCGAGGGAUACUGGAAAGAGGAGGUGAAGUGAAUGCAUUUGACAAUGACAGACAUCACGCUGCCCAUUUUGCUGCCAAAGGAGGCUAUUUUGAUAUAUUGAAGCUUCUUUUUGCCUACAACGGAGACAUGGGGCUGAUUGCAAUGAAUGGGAACACACCACUCCAUUACGCUGCCAUGGGUGGUUUUGCAGAUUGCUGUAAAUAUUUAGCUCAGCGAGGAUGUGACCUGAAAUGGAAAAACUUAGACCAUAAAACCCCCAGGGCUGUGGCCAAGGAUGGCAGCUUCAAGGCAGCAAGCAAAGAAAUCCGGCGGGCAGAACGCAUCGCUAAUAGACUGGCCAAGCCAGGAGUCAAAAAUCCCAAUCCACUCUGGGCUUUGAGACUCCACGAUUGGUCAAUAGAACGGGAGACUUUCCUUCGGGAAGCCUUUGCAUUUGCGGACAGGGAUGAUGGAACGGUCAGCAAGGAGAACUUUGUGUUGACACUCGAGGACAGGCAGGAUUUUGCCAACUUGGAGCAACUGAUGGCCAUAGCUCAACUUCAUGAAAAGUCCCGGGGAGGAGGUGUCAACAUUAACGAGUUCUUCAAAGGAACCAGAUACUUAAGCAAGUCUUACGUUUUGGGGUCCUUUGGGCCUAAGAGAAAGAAAAAAGGGAUAGGCAAAAAGGGAAAGAAAGGCAAGCUUGUUUUACCUCUCCCAAUCUGCUUUAUCCCAGACGAGGCAUUUCCAUGCCGGCAAGAUGGAGGGCCACGGUAUUACAUGAUUGAAACCUACAAGAACUUAACUGAUUGCAGUCGGUUUAAUCGAGACCAUCCACCAGAACAUCCCAUUCAGGAUGAUUCUGCCUGGUACAUUGAUGAACCGGGGAAGGUGUUUUCUAAUAUCAAUUUCGUCACCAAGGCAGGAGACCAGGCAUCUCUGAAAAAAGCAUUCGAAUCUGGAAUCCCUGUAGAUAUGAAGGAUAAUUAUUACAAAACGCCACUGAUGACUGCCUGUGCCAGUGGAAAUAUAGACAUGGUGAAAUUUCUUCUUGAAAAAGGGGCUAACAUCAACGCAACAGACAAUUUCCUAUGGACUCCACUUCAUUUUGCAUGCCAUGCAGGCCAACAAGAUAUUGUUGAGCUUCUUGUUAAUUCCGGAGCUGUAGUAGAUGCACUUUCAAUCAACAACUCAACUCCUUUAAGUAGAGCCAUUGAGAGUUGUAGACUGGAUACUGUAAAAUACCUACUUGAUAUUGGUGCUAAAUUCCAGCUGGAGAACAGAAAAGGGCACAGUGCCAUGGAUGUUGCAAAGGCAUAUGCUGACUAUAGAGUAAUUCAUCUGAUUAAAGAAAAGAUGGAUAACUUGCCCAAACCAGCAGAAAAUCAAAAAGUGAAGGGCAAGCCACCUCUUAAACUGAAGACUGAAGGCACUGAAAUUAAGAAAGAAGAGGAGCCAUUUUCAUCAGUUUAUACCGUACCAGCCAUGUCAGAGGGGGAAAAGAAAGAUCAUAAGGAUACUGUAGUUCAUCUCAAUUCUUUGAUCACCAGUGGUUUCACAAAGAGAGUGGAUAUCACAUUUGUUCCACGGAGGGCUUGGAGUCCUGAAGCCACAACAGCUGAGCUGAUCAGGAAGCGAGAACUUCUGCGUGAGCGGUUCUCAUAUGAGGUGGACUUUGAAGAUUUCAUGAUGCCCUUUCAGAAGAACAUCACUGAGAAAGCUCAUGCAUUAGAAGCUGCCUUGAAGAUCUAAAUCACAUCAAUUGCUGCUUUGGGUAAAUGUUUUAAGGCCCAGAGACCAAACUUUGGAAAAAGUAGAUAUUUCCAUCUAAGCCAAAGCAAUUCAUGAAUUAAGAAUUUGUGAUCAAAUACUUGUUUUCCCUUUAACAACUAUAAAUAGUCUAAGCUGUUCUAGAGAAGAUGUAUUUUAAUUUGCAAGGAAUUACAUGUCAUUCCAGAUAAAUCCCCCCAUCUACUUUAAGAAUGUAGUGAAAUAAAUGGCAUUUUGAUUAUAAACAUAGGUAGUAUUAUUGUCUAAAAUUUACCAAAUGCACACCAUUAUUUUGUAAAAGAUAUAAUUCUAGUGGAAAAUGAUGAAAACAAUUUAAUAUAAGGAAAAUUCAAAAAGGAAGUAAUUCACAUGUACAUCAAGGAUGUUUAUUGAUGUCUGAGAAAACAUGUUAUUACUAGGGAUGAAAUUGUAGAAAGGGUUUCCAUUUUGUUAAUUACUAAAGUAGCAUCUUUGUACUGAAAUAUAAAAAUAGGCAUUAUAUAAUUUCUUAGUAUUGUAAUACAAAAAUACUUCUGCUGAAAGGCAUUUAUACGUUAUCCAGUCCCACUUCUGACAGUUAUUAAUGAAGAAACUGAGACACAGAAAAGUUAAAUGACUUGCCCAAGUGCUUUUAAGUAGCAGACAAGAAUGUAGCUGGCUCAAUUCUUAUCUCUGGGCUAUUUCUGUUAGACCAUGUCAGUGCCUCUCUCAUACACUGCCUCACAGAUAACAGCUUAUUGCACAUGGAACAGUUUUAGGGGCACAAGCAAGUUCUGUAUGAAGUAUGUUUCUGCCUGAGGACAAAGGGAUGGACUAGAUAAUGCAAACUAUACUAUGUGGCUUUGCUAUAGCACUUUGCAGCAUACAAAUGUGAUUCCAUUUGCUGCUGGCAUCAGAAAGAGUGAGUAACUGAGCCCAGAAGAACAACAGGAAGCAUCACUAUCAGAGCCCAGAUCCAUGGCCUAGGGCUCCCUCCAGCAUUCCCAGCUGUUUCUCUGGGCAUCCCAGCCUGUGAGCCUGGGUGCUGCUAUGCUCUGACUUUUUGGCAAAAUAGUAAUACCCUCCGCCUUCAGGGUGGACGAGUGGAGCCAGAGGCAGUCUAAACAACUCCCCCACCUCUAGGCACCUCUAACAAUAAGGACUAUUUUAGAUCCAUUUUCCCAAACAUGUAACAAAAAUAUUAUUUCCUCUGUCUUCCAAAAGGUGACAAUUAGGAUGCAAACUCUAGUUGUGGUCCCUCAGGAUGAACUGUGGUGUAGAAGAACAGAGAAGAACAUUAAAGAUAAUAGGAGCAAAUUCUGCAAAGAAGUGAGGAAAUGGCAUUGAGUUCUAAGUGAACCUGGAGGGCGAGACCUCGGGCACUUUCUGAGAGCAGACAUGACAGUUUCCGUGGUCUUUAGUCCUUUAAGUAAAGAGUUUGUGUCCUGUAUACCAACAUUAAUGACGUGUAGGUAACUUGUGUCAAAUAACCCAUUUCCCCCUUGACCUUGCAAUUGUAGUGCUGACAGGCCUGGCUGCCUGAUGCCCCAGGGCUGCCUGAUGCAUGGAGACUCGUCCAGCAUCCCCAGAGGGCCUGAGAUCAGCUCCUCCUGGAAGAGUCUCCAACCAAUGACUGAGCAGAUUAGGUGGAUAAACAGCCCAGCUCCUUCACCCCUCUGGUGGGAUUUCUCUUAAGGGCAUGUUCUCACUGAUUCCUCGAGCUUCCUGCUGGAUCAAAAUCAAGUUGCUCGCGGUGGUAAACUGCUUGAUAACCCACUGCUCACUGGCCUCCUUCCCUUCCCAUCUCACCUUCCCCUUCUCUUCCAGUGUUUAUUCUAUCAUCUCUUAGGGGAACCACAUACAGUUCAACCUUGUAUUAAGGUUGUUUCAGGAGGGCUUAAACCAAGACAAUGUCUAUGGUAUUAGUUACAAUUCCGAGUCCCCUAACAAACAUUUUAAAAGUAAAAGUUUAUCUUUUGUUUACUACAAAUUAAACUUUUCCACAGCAUGGAGGAUUUCCUCUCAGAAUCUUCUGCAAUUGACGGGCAGUUUGAUGGUAUUCAAACCAUCGCCGGUAGUUGGGACAAAAAUCCCAGAUGCCGGUUAAAAAUAUAUAAUUGGGAAUGAUUAGCUAUUUUAUGGGACUUUUCUUUAUGGGAAGUGUGGGGGAGGUUGCAUGUGUGUGAUUUAAGAGAACCACCAUGAAACCUUAUCACGUGUCCAUUGGGAUUUGAGGAUGCAGGCUGGGGCCUGACUCACGCUUGAAAAGGUCUGUCAGUCAGAGUUCCAGUGGAGACAGAACCAUCAGACAUGUGUAAUACACAGAAACAGAGAUAGAUAGAUGGGUGAUAAAUCAAUAGAGAUAGAGAUAGAGAUGAUACAGAUAUAGAUAUAGAUUGAAAGAGAGAGAGAAAGUCAUUGCAAGGAAUUGGCUUAUAUGGUAGUGGGGGCUUCUAGGCAAUUCCAGAAUCCACAGGGCAGGCUAAUAGGAGGAGGGGCAGGCUUGAGCAGAAGCUGAUUUUAGAAUCCACAGGUGAACUUUUCUUUCCUCAGGGGAACCUCAGUUCUAAUCUCAAGACCUUUCAGCUGAUUGGAUCAGGCCCACCCAGAUUUUGAAGGAGAAUCUCUCAUAAAGAUAACUGAUUAUAGAUAUUAAUCACAUUUACAAAAUACCUUCAUGGCAACACUAGAUUAGUGUUGAUUGAAGACUGGGUACCAUAUCCCAGCCAGGCUGACAUGUAAAACUGUCUAUCACAGGACUUGUAGGUACUUCAUGAGUAAAAAGCCAGUGACGACUUCACCACACCAGGAAACGCAGUGGGUGCUGGGCAGAAGCUCUGAAAAUCAUCUACAAGAGCCCAGCUGACAGAGGCCACUUUAGAAUCUGCCUUACCCAGAGGGCACCAACUCCAGACUGCAACUCUCUCCUGGCCUUAAAGCAUGAAGCUCCUUUUCCCUCACCCUGCCCCCCACUUUCCAACCACUGAGGGUCCUUUAACAGUAGCUAGUGACCGGAGGAGGAGGUGGGAUAAGAGAGAGUGAAACAACUAAUCAGUCCCAUUUUCCCUUAAGCCUGGCCUAAACUAGGCUUCCUUAUAACUUUUAUAAUAUAUGGAGCCUGGAAUUUGCUAUUAGAAAUGAUUUUUAUUAUAUGAGGGUCUUUUCAUUUUUUAAAUUUUUACUUAAUUUUAGAUUAUGGAAAUGUAAGAACUAUACAAAGAAUGUCUGCAUACCUCUCACCCAGAUUACCUAAAUUUUAACAUUUUUCCACAUUUGCUUUAUCUCUUUCUCUCUAUAUGUGCAUGUGUGUGUAUGUGUGUGUAAUUUUUUCCUGAACCAUUUGAGUGUUAGUUGCAGGCAUGAUGUCCCUAACUCCUAAAUACUUCAGUGUAUAUUUCCGAAAAGCAAGGGCGUUCUGUUACAUAACCACAUUACAAUUGCCAAAAUUAGGAAAUUAACAUUUAAAUUAGCUGUUUAAUCUACAGGCCUUAUUCUGAUCUUGCCCUUUGUCUCAAAAAUAUAGCAAAAGAAACUUUCAGAUCAUGGGCAGCAUUCAGUUGUGACAUCUUUUAAGUCUCUUUUAGCUUGGAACAGUUCCUCAGCCUUUGCAUUUUGUGACAUUGGUAUAUUUGAAAAAUACAGUCUGGUUAUUUUGUAAAAUGAUCCUCAGUUUUCGUUUGAUAUUUCCGUAAUAGAUUCAGGUGAUGAAUUUUAGGCAGGAAUACCAAAGAUGUGAUACUCUGCCCUUCUGGAUGAUUAUCAGGAGGCACGUGAGAUGGAAACUUUGCAAAUUUAAUCCCGUGGUUGAAGUGGUGUCUACCGAGUUUCUCCACUGUAAAGUUAUUUUUCCCUUUGUAUAUAAUAAGUAUUUUGUUCAUAGAUCCUUUGAAACUUUAAAUUUCCUGUUACUUCCACAACUUUGACCCACUACUUUUAACAUCCAUGGAUGAUUCUUGCCUGAAAUAAGUAUUACAGUGAUGGUUGCCAUAAGGUAAGUUUCUAAUUUCAUCAUUCUUUCUAUACUUAGCUGUCUUCUCUUCUCUUGGGAAGACUUCUCUUCUUCUCCAUUAAUUUAUGUACUUAAAUCAAUAUGAGCUCAUGCCUUCUUUUUUUAUAUAAUGGUUAUAACCCUUUACUUAAAUCUCAAAUUGUCCUUGAUUUGGCCAGUUGAAGUCCCUUCAAGCUGGCUUUUGACAGCAAGAUAUGUUAUUUCCUAGAAUAACUAGAGGCCUCUUAUUUUUUUUUAAUGUGAGUAGAAAUGUCUACCCAUGUUGUCAUUCGGGAACAAGGAAAACCAGUCUACAAAAGCAGGUUUUCAGAAGCCGUCACUUUCUGCUUUCAUACUAGUGGGUCAACACUUUCCACAUACAGUGAACUCCCUUUCAGCCGUUUGCAAAAGUAAAUUGAGAGAAUGUGCUCAUUUAGGCCUUAUUAGUUCUCGUUCCCCAUAUAUGAAGAGUUUAUAUUCAUUUUAACAAGUUCACCGACAUGUUUGAAUGGGAAUUUGCGAGGAGACAUUCAAGUGGCUGAGUUUAUUUGGGGUUUAACACCAAAUCCUAACAGAGCAAAGACAAAGUCCUAAAAAAGGCCUAUAUUCAAAGAGUGGUCUCUGGACUCGCAACAGCACCACCUGGAAACUUGCCCCCCACUCCCCAAAUUAUAGUACAGCAGUUUAUAUAAGCAUAGAAAUGAUUUUGUAAAGGGAAUUUUACUGGCACAAAAAGACAAUCUGUCAAU